AUGGUGCAGGGCACUCUCAAUAGUGUCACUGACACAUCGUCUGGAAGUGUGAAAGACAGUGAUAAGGAUCCUCACCUUCCAUUCACUAUCACGAUUGUCCACUGGGAUCUCAUCAGCCAUGAUGAGAUGGUCUAUGGGGAGAUCACAGAUAGGCUGUGCCUGGAAGUAGAGGGGAAGGUGGUCAGUAGGACAGAGGGUAACAUUUGUGACUUGCUCACUGGUGGAAAUGCCUCCACUAAAGGCCCCGAGGGUGAAAGUACUCAAAGUACAGUAAUCACUGCUAUUGACAUUGUCAUGAACCUUCAUUUGCAGGAAUCUAGCUUCACAAAAGAAGCCCAAAGGAAAUACAUCAAAGAUUACAUGGAGCCCUAUGAAGGGAAACUUGAAGAACAGAGACCAGAAAGAGUAAAACCUUUUAUGACAGGGGCUGCAGAACAAAUCAAGCACAUCCUUGCUAAUUUCAAAAAUUACCAAUGCUGUAUUGGUGACAACAUGACUUUAAGGAUAGUUUAG